AUGUUUCUCUCGACGGCGCAGGGCGUCCACAUUACUGUACCGACACCGUCGACAACCUCGGACUUGGCGCACUCGACGGCGCGCUAUGACCAAGCGGCGUUUGAGCUCGAUAUUACUGGUAUCGCAGAACUCAGAGAUAUUGCCUCCGUCUCAGAUUUCGAUCCAGACGACUACCUUGCCGAUGUCCUCGAAUACCUCCACGGUCGCAGAUUUGCCGGCUCGGAGCGCGUUUUCAGUGCAUCCAACGACGCUUACUUGCUUCCAAUCGAUGAAGAGGAGAUAAGACGGCUGGACAAACAACACAUUCUACUCCGCCUCGGCCAACCCUUUGUUCUCGAGAGCACGCUCCGCUCCAUCUUGUCCCAGGUAGAAAAGAAAACUGUCCUCGACGUUGGAUGCGGCUCCGGACAAUGGGCGAAAGAACUGGCCAAAAAGUAUCCAAAGGCGGACGUGAUUGCUAUCGACGAAGACGAGCAGACCCAUGAUAAAGCCCCCAAAAACGUCGAGUUUCGCCGUCACAACGUGAAUGAUGGUCUAGCCCCGUUUUACGAUAGUUACGACGUCGUUCACGUUCGUUGUAUUGGUGCCGGAACGACCUCGUACCGCGGCAUGCUCGUUGAAGCCACCCGCUGUCUCAAACCCGGCGGACUCGCUAUCUUUAUAGAGGGCGAUUUUGACUUGCUCGGGGAAGAUCAGAUCACCAUUCUCGAGCCCGCGUCUGACAAUAAUGAAAACGGCUCGUGGAUGCAACGGUGGACGCAAGCUGUUCGUCGUGCCCAAGUCCGACGCUGCAAUCUCUCUGGUGUCGACGACUCGCCAGAGACACUUGAUCAGGGACUCUGGCAGUUCCCCGAAUACCAUGAGCCGUCAUGUGGGACGGGCUCCAUCUUCACUCCGGUGUCCCCUUGGCCGACAAGCAGCUUGAAGGAAGAGGCUCUGCACUACAAGGUGACGGGUGUCCUGAUGAAGCAAAACCUCAAAAUGUUUAUCCUCGCAACCAAGCAACUCUUGAUCGAAGACGGUCUAACCUCUGAACAAGUCGAGGAGUGGGCGCCAAAAGCUAUCGCAGAACUUGACAAUGACGCGGGCUUUCACGCUUGGUUCCGCUGGAGAAUCGCGUGGGGUCGAAAGAUAUCCGACACUUCCGAAUCUGCCUCUCCAACGCACUCUAGCACCCACGCGAAUGGACAAAAUCACGUCAACUCCAACCCAGUACCCGGACAGGGCAAAAUGGCGGCUCAACUCGCAUUAAUGGAGAAAGUACGCCAGUUUCAAACUCCGCAUUGCCACGUCCGCAACAAGGAACAAUCGCUCGUCUACAUCAAAGAACGCACCGAGUGUCCCUUCUCGACCCGCGGGCAGUUCUAG